AUCCGGAAGCUGUCCGUUACCUGGAAGUAUUUAACUUAUUGUAGGAAGUUUUCCGCCAUAAGAACGACACUGAUUUAACGGACAAAAAUAAGGAAAACAGAACGGGAUGGACUCUCCAGGCAGAAGUCAAAGGCCCUGUCCUGCUCAAAAGCAACAAAGUGGACCUUCAGAGGACGAGUCCAGUCCUGCAGCAGAGAAGCCUCAACAGGCCGGCUUGGUUGAAAGAAGCCCCAAAGAGAAGUCGUCCCCUCGAGCCAGUCCUGCAGGCCACUCCCCCGCCAGGAGCGCCGCCUCCAGCAGCUCAAACGACAGCAGCAGCAGCAGUGAUGAGGAUGAACAUAAUGGUGCACUGAGGAAGUUAAGGAGCAGUGUGGCUCAGAUCAAAAGAUCAAGAUCCAAGUCCAUGUCCAGAGAAAGAGACCGAUCCAUAUCCAGAGAGCGAGAAAGAUCCAGGUCUAGAGAGAGAGACCGAUCAAGAUCCAGAGAGAGAGACAGGUCCAGGUCAAGAGGACGAGACAGAUCCAGGUCCAGAGAGAGAGACCAUGACCGGGGGCGCCACGACAGAGGACGCUAUACACGGGAUCGCUAUGACGAUCGCCGUGACGAUAGGGAUGGGCGGUUUGACCGGUGGCCCAAUCGGGAUGCAGAGUCGGACCACAGGAGGAGAGGGCGCUCCGGCUCCCCUCCAGCAGACAGGGAGCCGGCGGCGGCAGGGGAGCCGGCGGCCAAGAAGAAGAAGGAGGAGAUCGACCCGAUCCUGACGAGGACGGGUGGAGCUUACAUCCCCCCCGCCAAGCUGCGCAUGAUGCAGCAGCAAAUCACUGACAAGACCAGCCUGGCCUAUCAGAGGAUGAGCUGGGAGGCCCUGAAGAAGUCCAUCAACGGUCUGAUCAACAAAGUCAACGUGUCCAACAUCGUGUUCAUCAUCCAGGAGCUGCUGCAGGAGAACAUCGUCAGGGGGAGGGGUCUGCUGUCUCGCUCGGUGCUGCAGGCUCAGGCGGCAUCUCCGACCUUUACUCACGUCUACUCCGCCGUCGUCUCCAUCAUCAACUCCAAGUUCCCUCAGAUUGGAGAGCUGAUCCUCAAGCGUCUCAUCCUGGCCUUCAGGAGGAGCUACCGCCGCAACCUCAAGCAACAGUGCCUGACAGCCUCAAAGUUUGUGGCGCAUCUCAUCAACCAGAACGUGGCCCAUGAGGUUCUCUGUCUGGAGAUGCUCACUCUGCUGCUGGAGCGUCCGACUGACGACAGCGUGGAGGUGGCCAUCGCCUUCCUGAAGGAGUGUGGACUCAAGCUGACCGAGGUGUCCCCGCGAGGAAUCAACGCCAUAUUUGAGCGUCUCAGGAAUGUCCUCCACGAGUCGGCCAUUGAUAAGAGGGUCCAAUACAUGAUCGAGGUGAUGUUUGCCAUCAGGAAGGACGGUUUCAAGGAUCAUGCAGUGAUCCCAGAGGGCCUGGACCUGGUGGACGAGGAAGACCAGUUCACCCACAUGCUGCCACUGGAUGACGAGUACAACACCGAAGACAUCAUCAAUGUGUUUAAGAUGGACCCAGACUUCCUGGAGAACGAGGAGAAAUACAAAACCAUUAAAAAAGAUAUCCUGGACGAGGGCAGCAGUGACUCGGGGGAGGAUGGCGAAGGCAGCCACGAAGAGGAAGACGAUGAAGAUGAGAAGGCGGCGGAGGAGGGAGGAGAUGAGAAGGUCACCAUCUUUGAUCAGACAGAAGUCAACCUGGUUGCUUUCAGAAGAACCAUUUACCUCGCUAUCCAGUCCAGUUUGGACUUUGAGGAGUGCGCUCACAAGCUGAUCAAGAUGGACUUUCCUGACAGCCAGACGAAGGAGCUUUGUAACAUGAUCCUGGACUGCUGCGCUCAACAGAGAACCUAUGAGAAGUUCUUUGGUCUGCUGGCCGGGAGGUUCUGUCUGCUGAAGAAGGAGUACAUGGAGAGCUUUGAGGGGAUUUUUGCAGAGCAGUACGAAACCAUUCACCGGCUGGAGACCAACAAACUGAGGAACGUGGCUCGGCUGUUCGCUCACCUGCUCUACACAGACUCUGUGCCCUGGAGCGUGCUGGAGUGCGUCCGGAUGAGCGAGGACACCACGACGUCGUCCAGCAGGAUCUUUGUUAAGAUCCUUUUCCAGGAGCUCUGUGCCUACAUGGGCCUCCCCAGACUCAACCAGAGGCUCAAAGACCCGACUCUGCAGCCGUACUUUGAAGGUCUCUUCCCUCGGGAUAAUCCCAGAAAUACUCGCUUUGCCAUCAACUUCUUCACCUCUAUCGGACUGGGAGGACUGACGGACGAGUUGAGGGAACAUUUGAAGAACGCUCCCAAGAUGAUCAUGACUCAGAACCAGGAAGUGGAAUCCUCUGACUCCUCCUCUUCAUCCUCCUCUUCAUCCUCCUCCUCAGACUCCUCCAGCGAAUCAGAUUCUGACUCCUCCAGCAGCAGCUCAGACUCAGACAGCAAACACAGAAAGAAGAAGAAGAGAAAAGAACAAAGCGAGGUGAAGAACAACAAGAAGAAGAAAGGGGAGGAGAAGAAGAAGAAGAAGAAGGAAAAACAGUCGGACAAGAAGCAAGUCGGACGCAAGAACGGCGACGACGAGGAGGAUGAUGACAGCAAUGACGAGAAGCAGGCUAAGGACAGGAAAGGCCUUGCACGUGAGGUGGAGGGGCGUGAGCGUGCACGUGAGGUGGAGGGGCGUGAGCGUGCACGUGAGGUGGAGGGGCGUGAGCGUGCACGUGAGGUGGAGGGGCGCGAGCGUGCACGUGAGGUGGAGGGGCGUGAGGUGGAGGGGCGCGAGCGUCCACGUGAGUUGGAGGGGCGCGAGCGUCCACGUGAGUUGGAGGGGCGCGAGCGUCCACGUGAGUUGGAGGGGCGCGAGCGUCCACGUGAGGUGGAGGGGCGCGAGCGUCCACGUGAGGUGGAGGGGCGCGAGCGUCCACGUGAGGUGGAGGGGCGCGAGACUACCCGCCGGAGCAGACGGGACGAAAGGGCCGAGGAGGAGCAGGAGGAGGACAGGAGACGCAAAAUGGACUUUCAAGGCCGACAAAGAGAAGGAGAGAGUGAGAGAGAGCAAGGGAGGGAGAGAGAGACUGAGGAGAAGAGAGAGGGCGAGAGAGAGCGAGAGAAGCCGAGGGACAGAGAGAGGAAUAAAGAGAACAGAGACAGGAACAGAGAGAGAGAGGAGAGGAGGAGGAGGAGGAGGUAAAACAUCAGCGAUGGACUGACGGCUGUCAUCUCUUGCUUCUUUACCUCAUCCCGUCACUCUGGUUCUUUUGGGUUUGGGACCUGUCACUGUCUCUCUUCGCCUGUUUCUCUGUUCCUAAUCUGUCUGUCUGUAUUUUCUAUUAUUGAUUUUUGCUGUUGAUGAAAUUUGAAAAAAAAAAAAAAACAUUAAAGUUGCUUUAGAUGUUUUUUUAAAAUCUGUUUCCGGUUCAACUGUUUUCAGCAUCCGACCAGUAUUCUUAUUUCACUGUGCAGUCACUGAUCAGCCACUGUCCUCAGUAAAACAUCUAUAUUUUAAUAUGUUCUACUUAUCACCAUCACUACUACUGCAGUUUGUAAUAUUUAAUAAUAGUGAUAGCUAUUAAUCAUGAUCUCAAUAUGAAGCCAAACAUUUUUGGUCAUCAUGCUUUUUAUAUUCUGAGCAGAAUGCUGCAGUGUUUGCUCUUCAGCUCCUCUUCUCCAAAGAACAGACUGAGGAUGAGUGUAAUGUAGCUCUUUCGAUUGCUACGUCCUUUGAAUACGUACAAUCAAAUUAUAAAUGUGACCAAUGUGAUUUGGACCAAAAAUGUGACACUUUGUGAAAGUUGCUUGUUAGCUUAGGAACUUCCUUUGUACAGAGCUGUGUCUCCUCGUUUCUAGUCUUUAUGCUAAGCUACGCUAACGAAUAAGCAUAUUUCUGCAAAAUGUCAAACUGUUCCUUUAAGAGAGAAAUAAAUAUAUACAGUAUAUUGGAAUACCGGAAAAAGACAAAAAAAACUACAGAAGUAGAGCCAAUACAUUAUCCGCAGUAGAAGAAGGGACCACACUGCAGGAAUACAGAUGAUGCCAAUAUAAAAUCUACAGAGUGAAACUAGUGGAAGCAGCUGCUUAAAAUUGUCCAAACGUUUUGUGAAACCAGGUGAUACCAGUACCAACGGUAGCACCAACAGGUGAAGACCAGCUGGACCUCUUUGUACCACGGUUAUGUAGGCCUACAGGUGUUUCCUGGCUUAUACAGGCUCACCUGUUUCAGGUUUCACCACUUGAAUAAUAAAAAAAACAGUUCAGGUUGCUGAAGGCAGCAUUUUUGUUAACGGUAAACAUCAGCUCGCGUCGGCACAGAAUGUGCUGAUGUCGGCAGUGAACAUGUUUCAUCAACAGAAGCAAUGGUGUUUCUGCGGUCCGGCGCGCCCUCACCUCUCACCUGCUUGGUAUCUGUGGGCUGACGCAUCUGUGGGCUGAUGAACAGGUAAACCACUCCA